AUGGAGCUGUGUGCAGAGUAUGUGUCUCCCGACCAGCGGAGGAGUUUUGUUGCUGGUCCGCACGGGACCACUGAUGGUGUUACCACUGGGCCCAGUGCGUAUGUGCUGAAUGCUGGGCAAGUUGACAGGGACAGACCUGCGGAGGCCAGGAGCGUGGCUGGGAAGGUUACCUAUCUCGGGCAGCUGAGGAACCAGCUUACCGGGCUGCAGGACGAUAUCAACGAGUACUUGACGCUGCGGAUGGAGGCUGCGAAGUCGAAGAAGCUGAAGACCGCGGAUGAGCAGAGGAUCGAGAAAGAGAUAAACACACUGCUGGACGGAGGAGACGACGAGGAGUAA